AAGCGUGCAGUUCUAGUCACCUUACGUGAUGAAUUUGUCGUUCCUUAUUUAAUUUUUUUUUUCCAUAUUCAAGUUAUGCUUUUUCCUGUCGUUCUUUUAAUUUAAAAAUCAGCUCCUGGGGUGCCUGGCUGCUCAAUCGGUGGAGCGUCCCACUUGAUAUCGGGGUCGUGAGUUAAGGCCCCACAUCGGGCGUAAAGCUUACUUAAAAAAAAAAAAAAAAAAUUAUAAAUAAAAAUCAGCGCCAUUGUGCCCACUGAGCCCUGGCCUAGCCGAGUUUCCAGUUCGGUGGGGCUGACUCCUUACUGAGACCUUUUCUUUCAUCUAUGGACUCAGGCUGUUGGGAGCCCAAGGAAGGGUGUUGCAGACUCUGCCUGGGAGAUGCCUGUGGAAAGGUUUCCUAGGAGAAGCUCUUGCAACGAAAUGAAGUGGCCUGAUAAAGAGGGUGGAACCAUAGAAGAAGCCCGGGAAGGGAGCCACCUGUCAAUUAGGAACACUCCUUUUGGAUUUGGAUGAGUGAGCAACAAGGUUGCAUCAUAUUUCAGUCAUUAGACAUUCUAAGUUCAGCAAUGUCACCUUCUUCAUCUUUGGGCCUCUCAUGAUGUUUCUGAUGUACCCCUAUGCCCAGAAACGCUCCCGCUGCAUUUAUAUCACUUGGAUCCUCUUUAUGGUCAUAGGCCUAUUCUCCAUGUAUUUCCACAUGACGCUUAGCCUCCUGGGCCAGCUGCUGGAUGAGAUUGCUAUCCUGUGGCUGAUGGCCAGUAGUUACAGCAUAUGGAUGCCUCGCUGUUACUUCCCCACUUUCCUAGGAGAGAACAGGCCCCGGUUCACCUGUCUGGUCCUCAUCACCACGGUGGUCAGCACCUUCCUGUCCUUCCUGAGACCUGUGAUCAACGCAUACGUUCUCAACAGCAUCGCUGUGCACAUCCUCUACAUCGUGUUCCAGGAGUAUAAGAAGACCAACAACAAGGAGCUUCGGCACAUAAUGGAGGUGUCUGUGGUGUUGUGGGCUUUCGCGCUGACCAGCUGGAUCAGUGACCGUGUGCUUUGCAGUUUCUGGCAAUGGAUUAACUUCUUUUACCUGCACAGCAUCUGGCAUGUGCUUAUCAGCAUCACCUUUCCUUAUGGCAUGGUUACCAUGGCCUUGGUGGACGCCAGGUAUGAGAUGCCAGGUCACACCCUCAAAGUCCGCUACUGGCCUCGGGACACGUGGCCCGUGGGGCUCCCCUACGUGGAAGUCCGUGAUGACAAGAACUGCUGAUGUCUGCCAGCUUCUUGACCAGCCAACCACCCGCCAAGUCAAGUCCCCUGUGUCUUGAGGAAGGAGGACUGGAUGGGGAGCCUGAGAGACACUCACGGUUCUUUCCUCCAGCUCCCUUUCCCCUUCCUCCUCGUCCUGCGAGGCCCCGCCCCAAGACAGGGGACCUCGCGACCCUUCCGUGCAGUAGUCUGAUGACCUGGGGGAGCUGCCCGGCCUGGGUCCACUCCACGACCCGCCCUUAUUCUCUUUCAGUUCCUCUUUUGUGUUCACUUUGUGAGGCUGGGUCCCCACGGGCUGCGAUCACCCGGCAUCCACUGCGAAUGGCCUCAGGCGGGGGCUUGGUCCCCGGGCAUCUCAUAAAUAGCGGUGGUCACUGCUGGACCUGUCCUCGGCCGUGCGAUGAGCUCGCGGUUUGUGACUUCGAGCCCCGCGCCGGGCUCCGUGCUGACAGCUCGGAGCCUGUUUCCGAUUCUGCGUCUCCCUCUCUCUCUGCCCCUCCCCGGCUCGUGCUCUGUCUCUCAAAAAUAA